GGGGGUUAAAUCCCUUGAUCAUGUGUUACGGACAGCAACGAUCCCUCUCAAAACCCGACCUAACCCCAUCCCGGCCUCGCACGGCCGCCGCCGCCGUUGACGACCUCAGGGACCGGUUGGCCGAAACCGAGGCGCGUCUGGAGCGAGCUAGGGCUCGGGAAGCCGAGCUGAGCCGCCGGCUCGACGAGAUGAAGCGGUUCGUCUCCGUAAUGGAGAUCCUCGAGACCUACCUCAAGCGCCGGUUUCUCGAGCAACACGAAAUCGUCGUUCGACUCUUGUCGUCUCCGGUACCCUCAGAAAUUAGCUGAAUUUUACCAAACCCUAGAAAACAAACCAAAAAACAACACACUGUAUAUUCCCCUUUCCGUGUACGAACUUUAUACAGAUUUGUACGGGGAAGUCUAUUAACACAACAUUUUGCACAACAAUUUACGACAUGCUUAGGUGGCACUGCACCGUUGGGCACUUACCAUGAACACUGAUCCUAUAAUCCUCUGUACCUCUGUACUGAGAAAUCUCGGAUCGUUGGAUCGCAUACAAAUUUUAGAAAACAAAAAAGAUUUCACAUAAUCCAACAGUCCGAGAUUCCUCGAUACAUGGUCACAUAGGUUUCUCAAUAUGGAGGAUCUCCAGUGCUCUACGAUUGCCCAAUGAUAUAGUGUCACCUAAGCACGUUGUGCAAAGUUGUGUUAGUAGCAUACCUCGAUGUGUAUUUAUGUUAUGAAAAUGAUUUUUGUACUUUCUUAUAAACGCACUCUGGAAUUUGUCUUGUAGUAUUUGUAUUGUGUGUAAUUUUAAGCGCUAAAAGACAAAUUUUGGAGUGUGUUUAUUUGAAGGUGGAGUGCAGAAAUCAUUACCCUGUUGUUAUGCUGUCUUGAUUUGGUUGUUAUUUUGGUUGGAUGUGGGUUGUGGCAGUAUCGUAAAAAUCUUACCAUAAGUGACACGGUUGCUGUGAUUUGAUAUCUGUAUGCUUUGAUAUGUUUAGAGGUAAAAUUGAUAUGUUUCGUUGAAUGGAUCUUAAUUGUGUUAA